ACAUUGGUAUUAUGAUAUCAGUGUAACAUAAAUUUUAAGUGAACACCACACAGCUUUUAAAUUUCUGUGCAAUUUUAGAUCAAAUUUGAAUAAAUAUGUUAAAAGUAGCAGUAUCUCAAACUGCGGAUGAAGAUUUUGUAGCACCUGUUGAAGAAAAGAAAGAAGUGCCAUCUUUUGGAACCCUAGAAUACAUUUAUUAUUGGAGUGAAUUAGAAGGAAAUCUCCCAUCUCCGAUUGAUGUGUCUAUAACUGGUGCUGUAAAAUAUACCUGCCCUGAUUUGGUUUGGUACAAUUUCGACAUCUACCCUCACAAAAUUAAGUUAACGAACACUGGAUAUACAGUAUUGUUUGGAGCAAAAUGGAGAACCGAAAGACCCUAUUUGGAAGGUGGGCCGUUUUUAGACAAGCACGUUUUCUCACAGGCUCACUUCCACUGGGGAGCUAACAUGAUGGAAGGAAGCGAACAUACUGUAGAUCAACGCCGGUAUCCCGGUGAAAUGCAAGCAAUUUUCUUCAGAUCUGAAUACUUGACACAAGAAGAGGCGCUGCAUCACCCUGACGGUGUGGUGGUGAUCUGUUAUAUUAUCAGAUAUGGUGCAAGCCCAGACACGCGUCUACAAUGGGUGAUAGAAGGCUUCCCUCGUAUACGUGAAGCCCAAACUCACACACGCAUCGGACCGUAUCCUAUGUCACGACUAUUCCCCAUGUUCUACGAAGACUAUUUCUUGUAUUGGGGAAGUUUAACUACCGUGAAAGGAGAGAGUUUCACAGUUCGAUGGCUUGUUCCACGGACAACUUUGUAUGCUUCCUUUGAACAGAUGAAAGAAUUCCGAAAACUCUGGGAUCCCUGGGACGAACCGAACUUGCGUAAUUUCAGACCACUGCAAGAGAAAGAAGACCGUCACGUAUUUUUCAUACGUCCUCAUUGGAACCAAUAUAACUCCUUGUUGCCAAUACCUUGGGAGCCGGAACCGUCAAUUGCAAUAAUUUCUCCAGAAUAUCAAGCCAAACCUUGGAUGUUGCCGCCUCAAAAUGCCUAUACACAAUCGCAACCGGAAUAAGUAACAAAA